GUUAGUGCGAGAGCUGUCUGUCCUGGUUUUACUGAACCUUAAAGUAUUGAAUUUAACAAAGUACAUCGGGAAUACAAAAAGGAGGACAAUGUACAGCUUUAUGGGAGGUGGAUUGCUCUGUGCUGGGGUUGGAAAUAUACUGCUGGUAGUCUCCACAGCUACAGAUUACUGGAUGCAGUAUCGCCAGGCCAGCAGUUACAUGCACCAAGGCCUGUGGCGCUACUGCGUGCCUGGAAAAUGCAUGAUGCACACUGAUAGCAUUGCUUACUGGGAUGCCACCCGUGCAUUCAUGAUCCUGGCCGUCUUGGCAUGCUUCUUUGGCCUGAUUAUAGGCAUCAUGGCUUUCAUUAACUACACUUCUUUUGGAGGUUUUGACAAAACAUUUGCUGCUGGAAUUCUUUAUUUCAUGUCAUCCUUUUUUGUGCUUCUGGCAAUGGCUAUAUACACUGGGGUGACUGUGAAUUACUAUGGGAAGAGAUACGGAAACUGGAGAUUCGCCUGGUCAUAUAUAUUGGGUUGGGUGUCAGUGGUGCUUACUUUCUUUUCAGGUAUAUUCUACAUGUGUGCUUACCGGAUGCAUGCACCAAUAGGCCCCAUGUCACGCUGAGUCAUCCUAGAUCUGCUCAUCAUCCAGACUGACUGUUAAUCCACAAUGUGGUCCAGGAUGCUUACAUUUUAAUUGCUUUGUUUACCUCAUGAUUAAUAAUAAACAAGUGGUUGGGACAAAAACAACUUGUACUACUUGAAUUCACAAUGAAACAAUCUUAGAACUAGUACUUUGGCCUGGUCAUAUUAUGGAUUCAUUUA